AUGCAUUUUUUCUUCUCUCCAACCCUCAAUUCAUCAAACGUUUGCAUGCUGAUGUGAUGGCGUCAUCACAGCGUUUUGACACGUUGGCACACAUGACGUAGCGUUCUUUCAUCUUUGCUUUCUGUUGCUUGGCCUUUUCAAAGCUCGCUAUGUGGCUUUGAAUUAGCAUUUUAGCUAGCGGUAGCGCAUCACGUAGCUGCGAGGACGCCACGAUUUGAUUUUCACAGUUUGAGACAAUAGCGCGAAUAUUUCAUUUGUUAAAUAACAGUUCAAUGUGUGAAUAUUUUUGUUUGAUUAAGCUAGGUCGUGUGCAGCUCGUUUUUACAGUGAAAGGCCUCGUUAAGACAUGAUUCUGAUUGUAAUACGCACUGUAAUAUCAUUGCUCUUUAGUAAAUUUGGUGUAUGCCUCUCUGAAACUGAUUUAUUUUUGGUGAGGUUACGCGAGUAACGGCAACUAAUUUCAAUCAAGUACAAAGAGUGGAGAUUUAGAACAGGAAUCGAAGGACAGCAGAAUAAUAGUUGGAAGCAAAGUCAGGAAGGAUGCAGAUUAUAAAGAGGGGUGGAAGGAAAGAAGAGAAAAGCAGGUCUGUGAUGGAAGGAAGGGAGGUAAGGAAGAAAAGAAGGCUUGAGUGUAGGUAGAAAAGAUGUAAGGUGAAUGAGUAAUAAGCAGGUCUGAAGGAAAGAAAGGAAGGUAGGUGUCAGCAAAGGAAAGACUGAAAUAUGAAUGCCAGAAUAUAAAGGAACUGAGAGAAGGAUAGAGGACCACGACUGUAAAGAACCCGAGCAGCUCAGAAAGCUCUUUAUUGGUGGCCUGAGCUUUGAAACUACAGAGGAGAGUUUACGGGCUCACUUUGAGCAAUGGGGGACACUUACAGACUGUGUGGUGAUGAGAGAUCCUGGCAGCAAGCGGUCAAGAGGCUUUGGCUUCGUGACGUACGCCUCCAUGCUGGAGGUUGACGAAGCCAUGAAAGCAAGGCCUCACAAAGUCGACGGCCGGGUCGUUGAGCCCAAGAGGGCCGUGUCCAGAGAGGACUCCAAUAGACCAGGCGCUCAUCUGACGGUGAAGAAGAUCUUUGUGGGCGGUAUCAAGGAGGACACAGAGGAGUACCACAUCCAAGACUAUUUUAAGAAAUAUGGCAAGAUCGAGUCGAUCGACAUCUUGCAGGAACGCCCCUCGGGCAAGAAAAGAGGCUUCUGCUUCGUCACCUUUGACGAUCACGACACCGUCGAUAAAAUUGUCGCUCAGAAAUAUCACACCAUCAACUCGCACAACUGUGAAGUCAGGAAAGCGCUCUCAAAGCAAGAAAUGAACGUGAUGUCGAAUAACAGGGGGAGGAGUGGAGGCUCCGGUAACUACAUGGGUAGAAGUAAUAAUUUUGGUGGUGGAGGCAACUAUGGCCGAGACAGCUACGGUGGAGGACGGGGUGAUUAUGAUGAUUAUGAUGGUCCUGGUGGUAAUUAUGGUGGAGGAGGUUAUGGAGGACGAGGCAACUAUGGAGGGGGAGGUCCCAGCUACAAUCAGGGUGGUGGAUUUGGUGGUGGCUGUGAUGGUUACCGAGGCAAUGGUGGAGGUUACGGCGGAGGUGGAAGUUACAAUGAUUGCGGUAACUAUGGUGGCCAUCAGUCCAACUACGGUCCCAUGAAAGGAAACAACUUUGGUGGCAGGAACUCCGGUGGACCAUAUGGAGGCGGCUACAGCGGUGGCGGCGGCUACUCGCGGCGCUUUUAAACAUUACAUUGGCUUCAGUUCUUAGCAGGAGAGUCGAGGCGGUGAGCAAAGGAAUUGUCAGGAAAGCUGCAGGUUACUUUGAGGCAUUAGAGGAGCGCACGAGUCAGACCGUUUGUGGAAGAAGGACUGUACAUUCAAAUCAAGACACAAGCGCAUCGCAUUGAUACCUAAUGAUGAUAGUUUUGUUUUUUGCCUGCAAAGCCACUGUUCCCCUUCUGUGCGUUUGGGUCUUGUGCCAGGUGUCGAGCGGUUUCUUUUUCUAAGUUAAACCCAGUUGUCUUUUAUUUUUUCAUUCUUUUACGUGACUUGAGAUAAACCUGGUUUUUGUCCUUCAGCACAGUUCCCUAGAUGAGAUAAGUGUCUUUUGAUUAUUCGAUGUGAACACAGUAAAACCUUGAAAAGUGUCUGGAUUAGAUUUCAGGGAACACUAGUUUGUGCAAAGCCCAAAUAAAAAUGGUCUAGUCAAGUCAUG